GUCUUUGUUGUCGUUGGUACUGUGGCUUUUGGUUGUGUUGUAACGCAGAAGACGACCAUCUAGCCUGGCACCCCUUUCGCAGUAGCAAAAGCACUUUCUCAGCGGAGGAGAGUGAAUCUGCGACGGGGAAGGGGAGCACAGAUUCACGGACUUCAAUCAUGGCUACCGAAACGACAUCAUCCUGUACUGGAUCCAAUUUACUGCAGCCCAUAAGCGAGAUAAUCAAUCUUCCGCUCGACCAGGUGAACUUUGUGGUGUGCCAGCUGUUUGCCCUGCUCACAGCCUUGUGGUUCCGUCUCUAUCUCCACCCCAGUAAAGCCAGUCCUUUCAUCAGGCAUGUGGUGGCAACACUACUUGGCUUCUACCUGGCCCUCUUCUGCUUCGGCUGGUACGCCUUACACUUCCUGGUCCAGAGUGGCCUGACCUACAGUAUCAUGGUCUUUGCAGGGCUGGAGCACAUGCACAAGUUAUGCUUCAUAGUUGCUCUGGGUUACCUCAGCUUCUGUCAGAUAACCCGGGUCUAUGUCUUUGACUAUGGCAUGUACUCUGCAGACUUCACCGGGCCAAUGAUGGUCAUCACUCAGAAGAUCACCAGCUUGGCGUUUGAGAUACACGACGGCUUGGCAAGGAAGGAGGAACAGCUGACCCCCAGUCAGAGAAGCCUAGCUGUAAGGAAGAUGCCCAGUCUGCUGGAGUACCUGAGCUACAACUGUAACUUCAUGGGCAUCCUGGCCGGGCCCACCUGCUCCUACAACGACUACACGGCCUUCAUCGAGGGCACGGCCUACCAGCCUCGCCACCUGGAGGCCAACGGGACGGAGAACGGGAAGUACAAGCAUACGGAGCCCUCGCCCAAGAACGACGUGAUCUCCAAGCUGUGCACUUGUGCCAUCUCCCUGGCCGUCUUCCUGUCCGUGUCGAAGAUCUUUCCUGUGGAGCGCUCCAUCGACGACAAGUUCAUGACCUCUACCCCCUUCAUCCUCCAGGUCCUCUACCUGUACCUCUCCAUGCUGGCCACCCGGCCCAAGUACUACUUCAUUUGGACCCUGUCUGAUGCCAUCAACAACGCCGCAGGCUUCGGCUUCAAUGGCUACAACAAAGAUGGCACACCAAGAUGGGACCUGGUAUCCAAUUUGAGAAUACUGGACAUUGAGUUUGCCACCAGUUUCAAGAUGUUCCUCGACAACUGGAAUAUCCAGACGGCGCUUUGGCUCAAAAGGGUGUGCUAUGAGCGCUGUCCCAUCAACCCCACAGCGGCCACCUUCCUACUGUCGGCCAUGUGGCACGGAGUGUACCCCGGGUACUACCUCACCUUUCUCACGGGCAUUGGCAUGACCAUGGCAGCACGGACACUUAGACACAACAUCAAACCGUACUUCCUGGGUUCCACGACACACAAGAGCGUCUACGAUGUCAUCACGUGGGCAGGGACUCAGGUCGCCAUCUGCUACACGGUUGUGCCAUUCGUCCUAUUGGCCGUUGGGCCGUCACUCAAGUUCUACAGGUCAUGGUACUACUGCAUACACAUAGCAUGUCUGCUGCUGGUGUUAGCCCUUCCAGUGAAGCCAUGGCACCUCCGCGCCAAGGAGGAGCAACCACAGCAGAACAGCCUACAGGGGGGGUUGACCGGAGACCACAACAGCCACUCCAUCACAGACAACAACUGCAACCAGAAACACAAAGCCACAUGAGACCCGGGAGGAAGCCCCUCCACCUCACACCUUAGAGCUCAAACAACCGGCACAGAGAGAACCAAACUCUGUGCGAACACUGAGACAAAGUGCAGCGAUUCUUUGAGACCACAAAGAACCAAAAAAUUGACAGGAACACCGGAAUAACAGACAAUAACAAACUCCGUUUAACAACAACCCAUCAAACCUUCCAGUAGCGAGGAACGACAGCAAACCAUGCUUUGGAGAAAUUAGAAGAAUGGAUAGAGACAUAUCCGAGGGCCACUAAACGGCUAGGAUCUAAUGAGUGAUGCUAAAUGACAGAAUGCAAAGCUGACUGAAGUUUCCUUACCUCUGUGCAUUGUUAACAAGCUAGCGGCUAGGCUUGGUGCAGAUUCUGCAGGGUGAGAAAGGUUGUGUGGAGGGGGAGAGCUUGUGGCAUUGGGGAAAGGAAGGAGUUGCAGUUGGAUCUCGAGUGUAGAGGGCGCUAUACAGGCUAGUCAGACAUAGGUAUCGAGAGGAUUUUUGUCAGGGUAGGAAAACGAUGUAACCUCUACUAGGAAAAGAGAACUUUUUUGUCAGAUGCCAACUUCAAGCAGGCCUUAGGAUCCUCUAAACAUUGUUUGAUUACUGUCACCUUUCUUUUUGUAGCUGCUGCUUUUUUGGAGUGAUACUCGUUCUUUACAGAAGAUUCAUUCACGGUAAUUGAUUUUAAGGGCUUUUUUGACAGGGGGUUAAUUCUGUGUAGCUUCCUUGUUUUCCUACUGUGUCGGAUUACAAACUGUAGGUUUCCUCUUGGUUCAUAUGUCUUGCCUACUUCUGUAACAUCAGUUACAAGUUCAGUUCUGUUUAACUGGUUUGAAAUCCUCAUGUAGGCUUCUAGUUUUACUAUGAACUCAAGUGGAAAUCUCCAUCUAGAUUUGUUUUUUGAAUCCAUCGCCUCAAUGAAAUUGAACAUAACUGUGUUGUUUGACCUCAUCACUCGUGGACAGACUGACCAAAUGAUGCAAGAUUUUAGUUCCGGGUUAACCAAGAUUAUUUGGAUAUACUGUAUGAUGUAAUGUUUACUAUCACAAUACAAAUGGAGCUGAUUUUAGAUGAAUAUGAAUGACCUUUAGUAACACAGGUUGGGAAGAUAUGUAAUUGACAUUUAGGAAGCCUACUGUAUGUAACAUUUGUACGUGUGACAUCAUUGGAAAACAAAACAUAACAAUUCUUACGCUCCAAUCGUGAACCCUAACUUGUAUGCUCGCUUGUCUUGUGACCCUCUUUAAUAAACAAAACGACUAUUUCAAGCCAGAUCCCAGACAUGAGCCACAACCCAAGAGGUUCCCUCGUUCUAGUAAUGUGGAAAACUACUGGUGUACAAGAGUUCUAUCAGGUGGGGCGCGUUAAUUGUGUUGCAGAGGACACAGCCCAUGAGCAUAACCUACACGUCCUGAUUAAUGUUCCACAGUGCCCUGUUUCUGGAGAGGUAUGGCACAUUCCAUCUCAUACAGUACAGGCAGGCAUAGCCACAUCUUUUUGGACCACACACACCAUUCAUUAGCUGGUAAGAGUUGGAUAAGUACUGUAGUACAACCAAGAUGGGAGCCAAUGAACCAGUUUAGGGGUUUAUUUUGUGAUGAGUAACAACCAUGCAGCAGAUUUGAGUUUCCAAAUGUAAUCUUUCCCUAACGUGCAUACUGUACUCCUGCCAUAAAUGUGUGUGAUUUGUAAAUGUUCAUGUGGUCUAUAAGUGUAUUUGUAGUCGAGGUAUAAAUGCCCGAGGGGAAAGGUGUGCCAUCUUUACCAGCAAGUUGAUAAUUGCACUGCAUGGCCACCCAAAACUAGCCUGGUGAAACCAGAUGUAACACUACGCUCACCAUAGCUUGUGUAGUAUUCCGUCUGGUUUAACUAAGCUUCCCCAAACUAGCAGAUCAAUGCUAACUGCUCCAUAUGUCCAAAGUGCCAUGUGUGUGUGAAAGCAUAAUGGUUAUUUUUGUGUCAAGUAAGAAGAAACUUAUGGAAAGAUUUGUAUAAUGGUACUUAACUGAUUUAUGUCAAAGGGAAAUUAUUUUUUAAAUACUAAUACAGAGAUUUUAAACCAGA